GCUGACACUAGUGUCCAACAUGGCAACCAGGUGGGGAAUAUGCAGUGCAGGGAAAAUCAGCCACGACUUCACUGUUGCCUUAAAAUCCCUCCCGGACUCAGAUCACAAGAUUGUGGCUGUGGGCGCCCGGAACUUAGAAGAUGCUCAGAAGUUCGCCGAGAAGCACAGCAUCCCUGCAGCCUACGGCAGCUACGAGGAGCUCAGUAGGGAUCCCUCCGUAGACGUUGUGUACCUCGGAUCCAUCCACCCGCGUCACCUGAGCCUGAGUCUGCUCUUCAUGACGGCCAAGAAGAACGUGCUGUGUGAGAAGCCUCUGGCCAUGAACUCCAGGGAGGUGGAGGAGAUGGUGGCCUGCGCCCGAGCCAACAAUGUCUUCCUCAUGGAGGCCGUGUGGACCCGGUUCUUCCCGGCGUCUCUGGAGAUCAAGCGGCUGCUGGCCCAAGGGGCCCUAGGGGAGCUGAAGAUGGUGAGGGCGGAGUUCGGGGCCCCCCUGCUGGGGGUCCCCCGGGCGAUGGAGAAGGAGCUCGGGGGAGGGGCCCUGCUGGACAUCGGCAUCUACUGCCUGCAGUUCGCCUGCAUGGUGUUCCAGGGGGAGCGGCCCGAGAGCGUCCAGGCCAGCGGAGGCUGCCUGGAGACAGGAGUCGAUGAGUGCAUGGUGGUGACCAUGAAGUACUCUGGGAACAGGAUGGCGGUGUGCCUGAUCUCCAACGCUGUGGCGCUCCCCAACGAGGCUGUGAUCACGGGUACCAAGGGCUCCGUCAGGGUUCCUGCCCACAUGUGGUGCCCCACGUCCCUGAUUGUGAAUGGAGAAGAGACCCAGUACCCGCUACCUGAACCCUAUCUGCCCACUAACUUCCUGAACAGCACGGGGAUGCGCUACGAGGCGGAGGAGGUGCGACAGUGUCUGCUCAAAGGUCUGAAGGAGAGUCCGGGCAUGACCCACGCAGAUUCAGUGCUCCUGGCCUGGCUGGAGGACGAGGCACGCAGGCAGGUGGGGGUGGAGUACAGCCAGGACCACCACUGAACCACUCGGAACCACCUGGACCCAGUCUACAGCCAGGACCUCCACUGAACCACCAGGACCCAGUGUCCACUGAGUCACUCAACCAGUCGUACAGCCAGGACCAGAGUCACUCAGGCCCAGUCAUCAGCUUCUACUAAAUAUCCUAAUUAACACAAUGAUCAUUCAAAUUCCUACAUUUGUAUCCACCACUGCAGAGGAUUUAUUUUCCAUCAUGAUAGAUUUAUCUUUGAUAAAAAUGAAAAUAAAAAACACCACGCCAUGAUUACGAUCGUU